CUGGCGUCAUUCCGUCAGCAGCAGCGAUCAGCCCACGAAAGCAUUAACCACUCCGGGCUGGGCUGCUUCCUGAGGAUAACUCCGUUCCGACCUACGUUUGUGCCGGCCCAGACUAACUUGAAGGAAGGCUUUUAGUUUGUAGAAAUCUUUAUUAUUCAUUUAUUCUUAGACCGACACAAGGAAUCAUCGAUUACAAUAAAGAUGGCGAUAGCCGCUUUACCAUGGUAACAGGGCAGUCAUUUGCUAACAACCUUGGCACUUUCACUUUAGUUCCGCCUUGUUAGGGAAAGGAAGUGCUUGGUUCCACUCCAGCAGCGUGCCUGUUAUUUUGUAAAUUUAGCUGGAGUGUUUGGUGGAAUAUGAGGAGAGUCGCGGCAGUCUAGGGAAUGAGAGAAUGAGGAGCGCUCAACUUCAAGGCGGCAACAUAGCUGAGGAGAUGGACAGAAUCCAGAAGAUUCAAGAUUGUUCACCUGUUUAAGGGCUGCCUUCUGAGGUACAUUGCUUGGUAGCAGGCCAGGGAGUUAGGUGGUCAACUGAAUUGGAGUAAGAUUUUCCUUGUUGUUGACAAUGGCAUGGUGACCUCUUGCUGCUGAAUGAGAACUGCUUACAAACCAAGCAUUGGGGAAAGCUGGAUGUGUCCCUUGUAAAAUGGCACAUAGCUGGAUUUUUAAAAAGUUUAUACAAUCUGUUAACCUCUGCAUUUUAACGGAAAUUUUUUAUUAUCCUGUUUUCUUCUCCACACUACUGAUUGUGCAAGAUUGCAUCUCAAGUGAACUGGCUGGCAACAGGGCAACUCUGGUAACUCUGCUGGUCUGAUUGCUUUGAAGAAAGAAGAGUAGAAGAAAAAAUAGAAUAAAUCAUGUCAGAGAUACUUGACCUCUCUUUUUUGUCUGAGGUGGAGAGGGAUUUGAUCCUCAGUGUUCUACAACGAGAUGAGGAGCUCCGGAAAGCAGAUGAGAAAAGGAUUAGGCGACUGAAGAAUGAGUUACUGGAGAUAAAAAGGAAAGGGGCCAAGAGGGGAAGCCAGCACUAUAGUGAUCGGACCUGUGCUCGGUGCCAGGAAAGCCUUGGCCGUUUGACUCCCAAGACCAACACUUGUCGGGGCUGUAAUCAUCUGGUAUGUCGGGACUGCAGAAUCCAGGAAAGCAAUGGUACCUGGAGGUGCAAGGUGUGCGCCAAGGAAAUAGAGCUGAAGAAGGCAACUGGUGACUGGUUUUAUGAACAGAAACUGAAUCGCUUUGCUUACCACACAGGCAGUGAGAUAAUUAGGAUGUCCCUGCGCCGUAAACCCUCAGUGAAUAAAAGAGAGACAGUGGGACAGUCCCUUCUUCAUCAGUCACAGAUGGAUGAUAUCUGGCCAGGAAGAAAGAUCAUUCAGGAGCAACAGAAGGAGCCCAGCGUGCCAUUUGAAGUGCCCAAGCUGAAAAGUGGAAAGAGUGCACUGGAGACUGAGAAUGAGAGUCUGGAUAGCUACACUGCUGACUCGGAUAGCAUGUCAAGGAGAGACUCUCUGGAUAAAUCUGGACUCUUUCCAGAAUGGAAGAAGAUGUCUGCACCCACAUCUCAAGUAGAAAAGGAAACUCAGCCUGGGGGUCAAAAUGCAGUAUCAAUUGAUGAGGGUGAAAUGAUAUUUAAGAAGAACACCAGAAAAAUCUUCAGGCCUUCAGAAUACACUAAAUCUGUUAUUGAUCUUCACCCGGAAGAUGUGGGACAUGAAAGUGGUUCCUUGGGAGACAGAAGCAAAUCUGUCCCAGGCCUCAGUGUAGAUAUGGAAGAGGAAGAGGAAGAAGAAGACAUUGACCAUCUGGUGAAGCUGCAUCGCCAGAAGCUAGCCAGAAGCAGCAUGCGAAGUGGUUCGUCCAUGAGUACAAUUGGCAGCAUGAUGAGUAUCUAUAGUGAAGCUGGCGAUUUUGGAAACAUCCUUGUGACCGGCAAGAUCACCUUUUCUCUCAAGUAUGAGCAGCAAACACAGACUCUGGUCAUCCAUGUGAAGGAGUGCCACCAGCUGGCCUGUGCUGAUGAAGCCAAGAAGCGCUCUAACCCAUAUGUAAAGACUUAUCUUCUGCCUGACAAGUCCCGCCAAGGAAAAAGAAAAACCAGCAUCAAGCGGGACACUAUCAAUCCGCUAUAUGAUGAGACCCUCAGAUAUGAGAUCCCAGAAUCUCUCCUGGCUCAGAGGACUUUGCAAUUCUCAGUUUGGCAUCAUGGUCGUUUUGGCAGAAACACUUUCCUUGGAGAGGCAGAGGUCCAGAUGGAUUCCUGGAAACUUGAUAAGAAACUGGAUCAUUGCUUGCCUUUACAUGGGAAGAUCAGUGCUGAGUCCCCGACUGGCUUGCCAUCACACAAAGGCGAGUUGGUGGUUUCACUGAAAUACAUCCCCGCCUCCAAACUCCCUGUUGGAGGUGACCGGAAAAAGAGUAAAGGUGGGGAAGGGGGAGAGCUCCAGGUGUGGAUCAAAGAAGCCAAGAACCUGACGGCUGCCAAAUCAGGAGGGACUUCAGACAGCUUUGUCAAGGGAUACCUCCUUCCCAUGAGGAACAAGGCCAGUAAGCGUAAAACUCCUGUGAUGAAGAAGACUCUGAAUCCCCACUACAACCAUACAUUUGUCUACAAUGGCGUGAGGCUGGAAGAUCUACAACACAUGUGCCUGGAACUGACUGUGUGGGACCGGGAGCCCAUGGCCAGCAAUGACUUCCUGGGAGGGGUCAGGCUGGGUGUUGGCACUGGGAUCAGUAAUGGGGAAGUGGUAGACUGGAUGGACUCGACUGGGGAAGAAGUGAGCCUGUGGCAGAAGAUGCGACAGUACCCAGGGUCUUGGGCGGAAGGGACUUUGCAGCUCCGUUCCUCGAUGGCCAAGCAGAAGCUGGGCUUAUGAGCCCCUGUCCUUCUAUGCAGGUCUUGUCCUGUCCAGGGCAAGUCAGAGGAAGCGAAGAAACCAAGAGCAAAGAUUUAUAUUUAGUGUAUGUAUGUGUGUGUGUGCAUGUGUGUUAUGUGUGUGUAAUAAACAUAUAUUUCUACAAAUCUCAUUAUGUUAGAGUGAUGAACGUUUGUUCCUCUUUUUAAAGCAGGCUCAAGAAUAAGGGUCUGUUUAAAAUGUUUUCAUUUGUGCAUAAUCUAGUAUAUUUCCAGAGUCCAUUCUUUUAUCUUUAUGAUGUUUAAUUAGCUUAAAAAUCCUUUAAAACAAGUUUUUAUCUCCUGUCUUGCAAUUCUUUUCCUACUUCCCCAGGAAGCCCUGUCUACCUUUGGCAUUUGUAUAGGUCUGAGGCCAGGGCUCUGGGAAGCAGGGUUGGGUUACUAAAGACAGGAGAAGAUGGGAGAGAGGUGAGUAGGUCUGCCCUUUCCUUUCCAAUUUAUGUUUUGAACUCUAUUUUUACCUUGAUAUAUUUCUGUAACUUGGUUUUUAACUCUUAUUGUUUUUAAGCAAUUUCCAUAUUACUUUAGUCUAAUUGUUUUCUUUUAAAUGCUAAGAAAAUUCCUGUUUCUUCAAGCUCCAUACACCUUCCCUAGACCUUUAGGGGACCCUUAUAAUGGAGCUUCUUUAGAAAAACACUUUAAUGAGAUAGUGGCCUUUUGACUGAAUCAUGGACAUGUCCACAAUGGCUUCUCAGUGGUCUCAUAGGACCAGAGGGACUGACAGUGAAAUGUCUCCCAGCCCAUGCUGGAUCUUUGCAUUUUAUACAGAUACAGCUCUUGUUGGACAGCUCCUCAUUUCUCUAAUAAAAGACAAGAUAUCGUCACUCUCAUAUACCACAUCUUUCUUAGCAUUUGUGUCUGCAGUGUGGUACCACACAGAAUAUGAUGGACAUACCAUUACACCAGCCAGAAUAGCCAAGUACUGUCUAAACUGGACAUACCAUUACACCAGCCAGAAUAGCCAAGUACUGUCUAAACUGGCCCAGUGUUUCUCCAGACUGGGCACGGUUAAGGCUCUAAGAGAAUAUGUUCAGAGAAUCUCCCAGUUAUUCUGACUUCCUUCGUGAAGUGGUUUCACUUUCUAUUUUUUCUGUUGUUUCCUAUACUUGACCUAGAUGUAACAUGGGUGUGGUGUGCUGAGACCUUUCUAAGAAGGGUCUGGUGAUCUAAGGUUCAUUUUCUGAAACUCACUGUACCAAACUGACCUUGUUAUUCUUGCAACAGUAUCUACACAGAGUUGUUUGUAAAAGGAGUGUAUACUGGAGAAGAAAUCCCUUUUGGUAGAGUCUGCUAGCUGACUCUUCUAUAAGGCCACUGGACUACGGGUGGCUGCAGUGGUUUCUAUUGUACAUGUGAACUGAAUAGAGGAGUGUUUUUAAAAGGUUUGGUGUGGGUGUGGAUUAAUAUUGUAACAGAAAGCAUCAUUUGGGAUCCUGGGCUGUAACUUGCUCCUUUGUUCUCUACCCCCUGAAAUGUAUGUGUGCUUCAAUAAAGCUUUUUCACCUGUCAA